GGUACUUAACGCCCGGGAGACCCGGACCUACACUUUCAAAGCAUCCCGGGUAGGAAGAGCUGUUUAUAUAAGGGAUUCCACGGUAAACGCGCUAAUAUCUCCGCAGCCAGUGCAUGGCGUGCGCCUCCCACGCCCACUCAUAAGAACGGCUUCCCCCGCUGCCCCUCGGUUCCCAGCCUGCCCUGCCCCCGCCUCCUUCCUGUCCUCGGCCAUGGCCAACUCUGGACGCCUCAGCUUCACCGUGCGCAGGCUCCUGGAUUUACCCGAGCAGGACGCGCAGCACCUGCGGAGGCGGGAGCCGGAGCAACGCGCCCCAGGGCUCGGCUCCUGCGCCUCCUGGCUGGAAUCCGAGCGCAGCCACUACCCCUCGUCGGACGAGAGCAGCCCAGAGGCCAGCCCUCGGGACUCAUCGCAACGGCCGUCCGCUGGGCCUGCGUCUCCGAGCUCCGAUGCCGAGAAGAGGAAGAAGCGGCGGGUGCUAUUCUCCAAGGCACAGACGCUGGAGUUGGAGCGGCGCUUCCGGCAGCAGCGCUACCUGUCAGCGCCCGAGCGGGAGCAGCUGGCGCGCCUGCUGUGCCUCACGCCCACGCAGGUCAAAAUCUGGUUCCAGAACCAUCGCUACAAGCUGAAGCGCGCGCGGGCGCCGGGGGCUGCGGAGUCGCCCGACCUGGCAGCGGCGUCCGAGGUGCGCGCCGCGCCCGGCCUGCUGCGUCGCGUGGUGGUGCCCGUGCUGGUGCGCGACGGGCAGCCGUGCGGUGGCGGCGGCGGCGAGGUGGGUUCGGCCGCCGCCCGGAACAAGAACGGCGUGGCCCCGGCCGCCGCCUGCCCUCUGCCGGGUUACGCAGCCUUCGGGCCCGGCUCAGCGUUCGGCCUCUUCCCUGCCUACCAGCACUUAGCGACCCCCGCGCUGGUCUCCUGGAACUGGUGAGGCAGCUGCUGGGCGCGGGCAUCUGGGGUUACCCGGACAUUGGGAUGCGCUCUGCGGCCAGAGCCGGGCCUGAGCCAGAGACCUGGAGGGCGCCCCGGGCCCCACCUCUUUCGGCGCCAGGGACCCCUACCCCGCCCUCACCAGCUAGCGAGCCGGGAACUCUCCCUCAAGGUGCCCUCUCUCCUCUCCUCUCAACUGCCAGACUCAGAACUAGAUUUUAUUGUUUGAACUUUAUUUGUACAUUUA